UCGAUUUGAAAGUGUGCGAACGUCUAAAAUAAAACAAAUCAAAGAUAAUGUUGAGUCGAUUUGUGUCACAGCUGAUGUGUAGACAUCGAGCACAAACGACGCUUAUUUAGCUGUAACUGGCCAUUACAUCGAAAGGGAAAACUGCAUCCUAAAAUCCGUUUUAUUGGACUGUAUUGUUCUUGUGGGCUCGCAUACAGGUGUAUUACUGGCAAGUCAGAUAUUAAGUAUCACCGAUGAGUAGAAUAUUACAGACAAAAUAAUAUUGGCAGUAACAGACAAUGGAGCUAAUAUAAAAAAAGCUGUAGAAAAAGAAUUAGGCUGGAGACAUUUUGGUUGCUACGCCCACUCACUAAAUUUAGCUAUCCAAGAUGCAAUGAAUUUAUCUGCAGAACUAACCGCCCUAAUCGAAAAAGUGAAAGCCAUUGUUGGCUAUUUUAAAAGAUCUACUAAGGCUUGGGAGAAACUUAAAAAAUUCCAAAUACAAGCAGACAAAUCCGUAAAAAGGCCUUUGCAAAGUGUAUGUACUCGAUGGAACUCAUUAUUCUACAUGCUUGAGCGGAUGUUAGAAAUCAAAGAAGAAGUUAACAGUGCUCUAUCCAAUCUUGACUCAACUGCCUUAUCUUUGAGCCAAAUAGAAUGGGAGAUCUGUGAACAUGUGUGUCACAUUCUGAGACCCUGCGAAGAAGUGACUAAGGAGAUCAGCGGUCAGAAAUAUGUUGCAGGCAGCAUGGUUAUACCUAUUACCACAGGACUAAUAUCAUGUUUAGAAAAUUUGGAUAGCAGAUUAUACCACCCUACUGCUCAAUGCUUGCAACAGGAUUUGAUUUCAAAGUUAAAAAAACGAUUUGUUAACUUGGACAAAAGCCGUAUUUUCACUAGAGCCAUGUUUCUCGAUCCAAGGUUUAAGCUGUAUUUUGAAGAUCCAACUGUGGCCGAAAACACUAAACAGAGCAUUAUACAGUCAGUUACCUCUUUGAUAAAUAAAGAAGAUCGGAAACAACCCAUAGCCCCUGCUGCAUCUGAAGAGGAAGAACAACCACGUCCAAGUGCAUCCAGCAGUACAUUUCGAUCAAUUUGGAACCAUUAUAACAAAAAAAUGCAAAAUAUACAACCAAAGGGGACUGGGCAAUCUAGAGCAAUAAUUGAGGUUCAGAGAUACCUAGAGGACAAAAUAAUAAUGCCAGAUAAAAAUACCUCUCCUCUUAAUUGGUGGAAGGAGCACAGAAAUAUUUACCCUCAUUUGUACACUCUAGCUGUGACAACGCUAAAUACCAUGGCUACGAGUGUACCAUGCGAAAGGAUAUUUUCGGCAUGUGGAAAUUUAAUUAAUGAUAGAAGGACUAGGUUGGGUUGCAGAAAAGUACAGCAGCUUAUGUUCCUAAAUCAGAACACAGAUUAACUUAUUAAACGAUUAAGAUGUAUAUAGUGUAAAAAAAA